UCCCCAACAACCAAAACCCAACUCCCAAAACUUUGUCCAAACUUUCAAUUCUCUAAUCCUUCUCUCUCUCUCUCCAUUGACUUCACUCCCACGCCACCUCUCUUCCUUCUUCUCCUAUAUAAACCAACCCCCCCUCCCAAACCCAAAAACCCAGACACGUUUUUCACUGUUCCGUCUGUAACAUAAGCCCCAAGUAACGCAUCAAAAAAAAACUUCAUCUUUCCAAAAACCCUAAAUCCCCAAAGAGCUUUCCUUUUUUUUGGGGCUUUUACUCAGAUUCACUUCUUCUCCAACACCCGGAAUUCAAUUUCCCUCAAUUUCACAACAAUCAGCCAUGAUUUUCUGGAAAUUUCUCCUUCUGUUUCCUCUACUAACCCUAGCUUUCUCCCACCAACCUUUCGACUCCCACCACCUACCCCGGCCGUUGAUCAUCGAGUACCCCGAGCACGCCGAGCCCCGUUUCAAGGAGCUAGAGGAGGAAGAGCUCAAGCUACGCUGUACGAGCUGGAGGUUUUCGGUGGAGGCUAACAAUGUGAAUCCAUGGAAGACGAUUCCGGAGGAAUGUGGAGAGUAUGUGAAGGACUACGUCACCGGCCGGGCUUAUGGUGUUGAUCUGGAGAGGGUUUCUAAUGAUGCUGGGCUUUAUGCCAAGAGUGUUGGAUUGAGUGGUGAUGGCAAAGAUGUGUGGAUUUUCGAUGUUGAUGACACUCUUCUGUCCAAUCUUCCGUAUUAUGCCGACCAUGGUUAUGGCUUGGAGGUUUUUGAUCAGUUGCAGUUUGAUAAGUGGGUCGAGAAGGGCAUGUCACCUGCUAUAAAGUCCAGCUUGAAACUCUAUGAAGAGGUUUUGGGCUUGGGCUUUAAGGUAUUCUUGCUCACUGGGCGCAGCGAAGGGAAAAGAGGGGUUACUAUUGAGAAUCUGAUCAAUGCAGGAUUUCGAGACUGGCAUAAGCUUAUUUUGAGGGACGCAAAUGACCAAGGGAAAUUAGCUACAAUUUUCAAAUCAGAGAAAAGAGGCGAGAUGGAAAAGGAGGGAUACAGAAUUCUUGGAAAUUCUGGAGACCAGUGGAGUGAUUUAUUGGGUAGCUCAAUGUCCAUCCGCUCAUUCAAGCUUCCCAAUCCCAUGUAUUACAUUCCAUAAUAGAAGAAAGUUGUUCCGAUAAUUAUAUUGUACUGAUUGGUUUGUGGUCCUUGGUACAUAGGCACUGAAGCUGUCAUGUAAUUGUAGUACUGAGUAAAAAUUUGUGAUGAAUAUAUACUACAGGGAAUUGUAAAUGUCAAAGUCACUAUUGUAUAUACUUCCAGUUUAAAUCUCUC